CGAUGCAUGACGUCAGGGGCGCGCGGCCGCGGUGCAGCAGGCGGCGGGAGCGCGGGAAGCGGCGCGGCCCUGAGGGGAGCAACGGCAGCGGCACCGCCUCAGCCCUUUGCUCCUCGCCGGAGCUUCCCUCUGCGGCCUCCGGCUCCCCGCGGCCUUCUCAGAGCAGAAAAAAGGAAGGCGGAAAGGAGCGAGCGUAGGACGGUCGCGGGUCCCGCCGCGGGGAGAGGAGCGAGAGUGGGGCGGCGGCAGCGGCGGAGGAGGCUCCUCCAUCAUGUCGUCGGGCGGAGACUUCGGCAACCCGCUGCGGAAAUUCAAGCUGGUGUUCCUGGGAGAGCAGAGCGUGGGGAAGACUUCCUUGAUCACCAGGUUCAUGUAUGACAGCUUUGACAACACCUACCAGGCAACAAUUGGCAUCGACUUCCUAUCGAAAACCAUGUACCUGGAGGAUCGAACAAUCAGGUUGCAGCUGUGGGAUACUGCGGGUCAGGAACGUUUCCGUAGCCUCAUUCCCAGUUACAUCCGCGACUCUGCCGCUGCUGUAGUAGUUUACGAUAUCACAAGUAGGUAUUUUUGGGGGGGGGGAUUUGUUUUGAUUGUACGGUUGCAAUUGUGGGACACAGCAGGUCAAGAGCGGUUCAGGAGCUUGAUCCCUAGCUACAUUCGUGACUCCACUGUUGCUGUUGUUGUUUAUGAUAUCACAAAUGUCAACUCCUUCCAGCAGACAACGAAGUGGAUCGACGACGUCCGGACAGAAAGGGGCAGCGACGUCAUCAUCAUGCUGGUGGGGAAUAAAACAGACCUAGCAGAUAAGAGGCAAGUGUCCAUUGAGGAAGGAGAAAGAAAAGCCAAAGAGCUGAAUGUAAUGUUCAUUGAAACUAGUGCUAAAGCAGGCUACAAUGUAAAACAGCUUUUCCGACGCGUGGCAGCUGCCUUGCCUGGAAUGGAAAGCACACAAGACAAAAGUAGAGAAGACAUGAUCGACAUAAAACUGGAAAAGCCUCAAGAGCAGCCUGUCAGUGAAGGAGGCUGCUCCUGCUAAUACCAUGGUGGCUUCUUCUACCUUCCCUCCAGAACCAUCACUGCUUUUUUCCCCUCCUCCCUUCCCCCCUCCCCACCCCCACUUCCCCUCCUCUUCUCCCCCUCCUUUUAACUCUUCAUUGACUGCGGUGUGAAUAUUGGCUUGAAACCUUCCCCCCCCCCCUUCCAGUAACUGCAGCUCCUCAUUGCUGGCUGUCUCGUGGAGAUGAUCCCUUUAAGCUUCACACAAGCACACACACACAAAACCACACCCAAGGUGUCAGUGUCUUCAGCAUUUCUAAGAAAAAAAAAAGACCAGAAAAGAAAGAGAGAAAGAAAGAGAGAGAGAAAGAAAGGCCAAAAGCAGCCCAAAUGAUUCCGGCAUUGUGCUAAGUUAGGCCUUGGAAAACACAAAGGGAACAAACAAAAUACCCAACAACAACAACCACCAGAACCGAAUUAGGUAAUAGUUUCUUAACCUUC